CUUGUCACUCUCCUCUUUACACAUUCUUGAGUCACACUUUGCGCCAUGGCAGGUCCUUCAAGAGGCCCAGAAACGGUCUCGGCACUGCAAUGGCGUCAGUUUAAUUUCUUCGAUCUGGAGUCAGUCAAGGACAUUGAAGACCUCGGACAGAGCCCACGGACACUUCGUGACCUCACCCCUCCCAUCCUCAUCACACCGACAUCGCCAGCCUCACCACUUGCCCCAGCGAUCAUUGUUGCUUCGGGCAACACGAUCACCAUCCUGGAUCGACACUUCGCACCGGAGCGGACAUUCACAGCAUGGGAGGGCAGCGGACGCGCAACGGCUGUCGUCGAAGCUGGCGGACUUCUGUUGGCCGUGGGUGAGGAGGAAGGGAGCCGCCAGCCUACCUUGAAGGUCUGGGAUUUGACCCGCGAUGAGAAGAAGAAGGCGGGUGGUGGUCCAGCCUGGGUUCCAAUCUUGGUGCGCAAUGCCAAGAUCCAGCAUGCGUCGGGAAGACCUCAUCCAGUAUCGGCUGUCGCUUUGACGUCAAACCUUUCUCAUCUGGCCGUUGGUCUUGGAGACGGCACUGUGCUUCUGUUCCGCCACCUCCUUCAAUCCAUCACAGCCUCGCCAACGGCUCUGACAUCUCUCCCCAAAGCACGUGUGGUCCUUGAACCCAACGACCGGAACCCGGAGGCGGUCACUGGCCUGGGAUUCCGAGAAGAGACAGGAGCGGCAGGGGGAGGAUCACCAACGGCAUCAACGGCAUCUGCGCUCUUCAUUGUCACCACCAACCGCGUUCUCACAGCUCCGGUUUCUGCCAAGGGCGGCGAGACGCGUGUCUUGGACGAGACAGGAGCAGGCCUCGGCUGCUCCGUGAUGGACGGAAGCAGGAGCGAGCUCAUCGUCGCCCGGGACGAUGCAAUCUACCUGUACAGCCCCGAGGGCCGUGGCGCAUGCUAUGCCUACGAAGGCUCAAAGUCGUUCAUUUCAGUCUUCAAGCACAACCUGAUCAUCAUCUCGCCCCCAUCUGGCUCCUCAGCAGCGCGGCGUGUCACGCGGACCCCCGGUGACAACGGAUCCGCGGAUAUUGCCAAGAUCACGAUCUUCGACCUUAAUAGCAAGCUGAUUGCCUACACUGGCAUCUUCCGCAACGGCGUAAAGGUCCUGUUCAACCAGUGGAACAGCAUCUUUGUUUUGGAAGGCAAUGGCCAGCUGUCCAAGCUCGAGGAGAACUCGACGGCGUCCAAGCUCGAGGCGAUGUACAAGCGCAACCUGUACACUUUGGCGCUCAGCUUGGCCAAGUCCCAGGGAGUUGACGAUGCCGAGUUGGCUCAGGUCCACAAGCUCUACGGUGAUUAUCUCUACGGCAAGGGGGACUUUGACGCUGCCAUGGACCAGUUUAUCAAGACGCUUGGGUUCCUCCAGCCCAGCUAUGUUAUCCGAAAGUUCCUGGAUGCCCAAAGAAUAGACAACCUCACGACCUACCUGCAAGAGCUUCAUUCUCGUGGCUUGGCAAAUCCCGACCACACGACACUGUUGUUGAACUGCUACACCAAGACGUCUGACAAGGCUCGCCUGGACACCUUCAUCAAGACUGAAGCCAGGCGCACGCAGGCAGGUGGCAGUAAAGAGGUGCUCCCCUUCGACUUGGAUACUGCGAUUCGAGUCUGUCGCCAGGCCAGCUUCUUCGAGCAUGCGACGUACUUGGCGAAGAAGUACGGCCGUCACGAGGAGUAUCUGCGGAUUCAGAUUGAGGAUGCCGAGGAGUACAAGGAUGCUUUGAAGUAUCUGCGGUCAUUGGGUCCGGAGGCCUGCGAGAAGAACCUACUGCGAUACGGUCGAAGCCUGCUCCAGCAUGAGCCAGAGGCGACAACCGACCUUCUAAUCGACCUCUGCAGUGGCAACCUCGGCAAAAAGGUGACUCACUCUCAGGUCCACGGCACGGGGAACAAGACGGUCAAUGGAUCUGGGCCGGCGGUAUUGUCAUAUCUGGGCGUCAACCGUCUGCUCGGUGGCGGCCAGUCUCCUGCGGCGACCCAGCCAGGGGAUGCACCAGUCCCUGCUGGAGAUGCCAACGGGGCAUCAGCAGCCCCCAACGGCCACCAGUCGCCCGUGGUGGAGAGCCCGGCCGAGGAAGACGGCGUGUCGUACAUUCCGCCCUCUCCACGACAGUUCUUCGCCCACUUCGUCGACCACCACGACCUCUUCGUGCACUAUCUGGAGGACGUCGCUCUUCUUCUCUGGAACCAGAAGGUCGACUCCACCCCGCCUGCGCGCAGUGGUCCGGUUCCUCAUCGGGAUACAGAUGCAGCGGCAGCUCUUAGCGAAGCUCUGGCCGAUCAGCGUGCAGUGUGGAACACACUUUUGGAGUUGUAUCUCGCAUCGACCAAGUCAGAGGACUCGACCAUUGCCGCCACGGCGCGCGCAAAGGCUCUGUCACUGCUCGCGAGCAGCUCGACCAUCCCCUACGACGCCAUGCACGCGCUCGUUCUCUGUUCCAUGGCAGGGUUCACGGACGGCCUCGUCGGCCUCUGGGAGUCCAUGGGAAUGUACGAGGACGUACUCCGAUACUGGAUGGAGAAGGACAAGGCUUCGCCUGAAGGCGAUGCGGCAUCGAAUGGUUCGGCCGGCCCGGCGCCGUCAGACGAGGUUCUUCGCUACCUUGAUCUCUACGGCGAGGGCAACCCAAGCCUCUAUCCCCUGGUACUGAGAUACCUUACAAGCUCGUCUGCGCUCUUAUCCCGACACCAGGACAAGCUCCCAGAUAUCUUGGAGACGAUCGAUGCCGAGCGCAUCAUGCCGCCUUUGGCCGUCGUGCAGCUGCUUAGCAGAAACGGCGUGGCGAGCGUCGGCACGGUCAAGGACUGGCUGCGGGCCAAGAUUGAGGAGACCGGCGAGGAGAUUGAGGCCGAUAAGGCCCUAGUCGAGUCAUACCGCACAGAGACGGCCGCCAAGGAGAAGCAGAUUGGCUCACUGACCAGCACGAGCCAGCCGGAGGUGUUCCAGGUCACGCAGUGUGCGGCCUGCAACGGCCAGCUGACACUCCCUGCGGUGCACUUCAUGUGCAAGCACAGCUACCACCAGCGCUGCCUGUCCGACUCGGACCCCGAGUGCAUCCUUUGCUCGCAGCAGCACGCGACUGUGCGCGAGAUCCGCCGAAACCAGACGCGCCUGGCCGACCGUCACGACCUCUUUAUCAGCGAGGUGCGCGACUCGGACGACGGGUUCGGUGUCGUCGCUGGCGCGUUUGGGCGGGGCCUGUUUGAGAAGCCUGUCGUAGAGGAGUAGGUAGGAGUAGGACUAAUAUCUGGGUGUAGUGUACAUACAAUAGGUGCAUAGUGCUGUUAUGGAGUGCGAAGCAUGCUACUGUUUGCCUGCAAGUUCGCGGUAGCGCUCCUUCCUGUCCUCGUCAAUGACCUCCAGGCGUUCCAGCAAGCUCUUAGCCUCCGUGCGUAGUGCCUUUGCUUCAGCCUCGCUCGACAACCCAGCAAGGAGGAGGAGGUUGUGCGCGAGGGCGUUCAUGCACCCUGCCGUCAGCGGACCAUUUGACCACGCCGACGUACACUUGGA